AUGUCUCGAUGGUCAACGUCUGGGUUAAAUGAAAAUUACUCUAACAACCUCAACCAAAACAUCAAUAACAACAUUAACAACAACCAAUACAAAACAUGGACCGAUCAUCCAUACAGAACUCUUUCCUCAUAUUCCUCUUCCUCUUUCUCAUCACAACAACAACAACAACAGCAACAACAACAAAAAUACAAAUCCCUCCCAAGAGCUUUGCAACCGAAAAAAUUUUCAAGCGAGAAAGAGAGCUGGAAGAGGAGGUCAUACGAUUUAACAGGCACUUCCUAUCUGGACAGAUACACUUUGAAGCCAUACAGAACGCACUCGAAGCCUCAGAUAUUUGAAAACUGCUACAAUUUCAAUGCAAAUUUUCCUAGAUCAAAUUUUAAAGAUUUUACUGAUUUUAACAAAUCUCCUGAAUUUGCUUUUCCAGUUAGAGAAACAACAUUUAGUAAGCUAUUUAAGGAAUUCGUUGGCGACGACGAUUACUCAGCCGAUGCAAAACUUAGAGAAGAAACAAAAAAUUCUGACAACUUGAAACCAACACAACAGCAGCAAGAAACAAAAAUAAAAGUCAAAAAUGAUGAAAAUUCUGUCUAUCAAACAGACGACCAGAAGUUGUUUCCAACCUUCUUCUCAACCUUUCGACACAAAUCAUCGAGUGGCCUACCAUGCACUGGUGUACCCAUCCACCUAGGAACCAGCACUCACUCUCUGCCUGAAUCUUUUUCAAAGGUGGUCACAGACAGCCUGCAUCCAACUAUUUUGAACGCCUUCAACAAGACACAAGAGGAUUUUAUUCCGAUUUUCGAUUUCUAUUCAUCUACGAAAUCAUCCAACUCCAACCAAAACAACAGCAAUGACGCGACCAGUUCUAAGCAAUGGACAACAAAGAAUGAAAAGGACGGUGAAGAUCUGAGGAGAUCCUUCGAAACUUUCAAUUGUAAUGACGAUCAUCAUUUCUCUACACUUAUUGAUAGUCGAAACGGCAACAACAACAAUAUUAAUAUUAAUAAUAUUUCAAAGUUGCGUGAACACAGCCACGUAACUAACAACCAUCCAACUAAUUAUUACAUAUCCAGUGAUGACGUCCUACUCAGAAAUCCUCAACAAACGAGCAAAAAUUAUUUAAAUGAUUUUAAACAUCACAGAACUUCUCUUAACGAAGAAAUCUUUCGAAAACAUGCUCGUGAAGCGAACAGUAUGAAGGCUGACUGCGGUAAAAAUUAUGAAGCGCAUAAUAAUUUCAAAUUAUAUGACAAAAGUUUAUACUUCAACAACAACCCUUACGUAUUGAAAAGCGGCAACGUAUGGACAAUACGCGUCAUACCUUACUCAAGCUCCCUGACAGCCACUGAAUCAUGUGGUCUUGCGUCAGGAGAGAAUGAUCAAAUGGAAAAAAAUGUCUUGAAGUCAAAACAACAAUUCAAUCAACAACGACCACAAAGAAACCAUUAUCAAGAAAUGUAUCAACAACCACAUCCUCAAAAGUAUCAGCAACAUUCACUGAUGCAAAAGAAUCAGCAGCCACCUCAACAAUACAAACAACAACAACAGCAUCAACAACAACCACAACAACAGCAACAACAGCAACAGCAACAACAACAACAGCCACAACAACUUCAACAGCAGCAAAAACAUCAACAGCCUUCUUGCCAACAACCAGCUCAACGACAAUUACCGUAUCUACCAUCCCUACCACCAGAGACCCAGCCAAUGAGAGUUGAGCGGGGAGAAAUACUGCUGGUGAAGAUUGUGAAGACGGAGCUGGGUGGUCUGGGUUUUUCCAUCGGGGGUGGAAGGUUACCAAACGGGGGUGGCGGUCCGAUAUUCGUCCGCAGGAUAUUCGAUACCGAGAGCAGCCGCAUUCGCACGAACAACCUGAUUCAACCUGGAGAUGAGGUCCUGACGAUCGAUGGCUGGUCCACCGCGGGAAUGUCUCAGUACGAGGUCUGGAACAAGAUGAAGGAGCUGAAGGACGGACCGACCAACCUUCUCAUUCAGAGAAAGUUGUACCUAUCAGAAACAAUCGUCUGA